ACGUCCAUGUUGUAAGGUACACAAUACAAUUCAUGUUGGCAUAACCAUAGUUAAAUCUGGUUAAGCUUGGUUAUGUGUAGAUUCAUAUUAUCCAGUUCACAGAAACCAUUAACGUUCAUUCAUGCGUUGUUCGUCUAAACGGACCUGAUACACCUGUGGACCGAACUCGAGGAAUUUGGCAGGAAAAGGGAGAUGCCAUCCAAGAAUUAUAACCCCAACAGUGCUGAUAGCAAAAGGAAGGAAGAAGAAAUUCGAGAAUUAAAAAUCUACCUAAGUCAGACUGUAAAACCAUGGUUCGAAGAGGGAAGAGAUGGUGAUCCAGAGGCACAGGGUAUUCCUCUGAGAGACAUUCGGCAACGUUUGGAUGCGUCUGGGGUGAUGGAGCGGAUCUCCCACGGGGGAAGGCAACGCAUGCUGGAACAGUAUGACGCCAAUAAAGACGGCAUGUACACAUACCCAGAGUUAGAACAGCUGUUUCUGUCAGAGAGACCAAGGCUAAAUCUAAACAAGCUCACCAGAUGGCAGCAGCUGAAGUUGGGACUCGUAAGCACAGUGGUGCCAGAGAAUGCCACAGAGGAGAAGUCUUUAGAAAGUUACAUAGAGGCCUACAACUGCAAGCCACCGCCGUUGUUCAUCAUCUUUAUUAGUGUGCUAGAGACUAUCAUAUUCAUUGUAUAUGCUGUAGAAUUGAAAGGUACCAAAUAUGAGGUGACUGCCGCCUCGGGUUUUCCAGCGUACAGUCCACUCAUCUAUAAUCCUGCGCGGAGAUACGAGGUCUGGAGAUUUGUGACGUACAUGUGCAUCCAUGUUGGGUAUACGCAUCUUAUUAGUAAUCUGGUCUUCCAACUGGUACUAGGCAUUCCCAUGGAGAUGGUGCACGAAUGGUGGAGAAUGAUGAUUGUGUACUUUUUAGGAGUCUUCGCAGGCUCCCUGGCGCAUUCUGUGACGGAUCCGUCCAGUUUCUUGGCGGGGGCAAGUGGUGGAGUGUAUGCUUUGAUAGGGGCACAAGUCGGUGCUAUUAUAAUGGAUGUCCAUCAGACUUGGGGAUAUCAGGAGGUAUGUGGCUGGGGGGCUAGGAUGUCCAUCAGACUUGGGGAUAUCAGGAGGGGUGUAGGUAUGGCUGUACAAAUGCCAGGAAGAGCACUGAAGAAGGAUUGUGCACAGCUAUUGGAAAACAUGAAGCAAUGGUCUGAGGCUGCUAUGUUGUAUGAGAAGGGUGGUUAUUAUGACAAGGCUGCCGCUGUCUACAUCAGGUCCAAAAACUGGGCCAAGGUUGGUGAGCUGCUCCCCCAGGUCACCUCCCCUAAGAUCCAUGCCCAGUAUGCCAAGGCCAAGGAGGCAGACGGCCGCUACAAGGAGGCAGCACAGGCGUAUGAGAAUGCCAAGGACUGGGACAGUGUCAUCAGGAUCAACUUGGAUCACCUCCAGAAUCCAGAAGAUGCAGUGAGGAUAGUGAGGGAAACACAGUCAGUGGAGGGAGCCAAGAUGGUGGCUAAGUUUUUCUUGAAGCUGAAUGAUUAUGCGUCUGCCAUCCAGUUCCUAGUGAUGUCCAAGUGCAAUGAUGAGGCCUUCCAGCUGGCACAGCAACAUGAUCAGAUGGAAGUUUAUGCAGAGAUUAUAGGCUCUGAUGCCACUGCGGAGGAUUACCAGAGCAUUGCCCUGUACUUUGAAAAUGAAAAGAACCACUUCCUGGCUGGGAAAUUUUUCUUCUUGUGUGCCCAGUAUGGAAGGGCUCUCAAACAUUUCCUGCGCUGUUCUAACAGUGAUGAUAGUAAGGCAAUAGGGAUGGCCAUAGAGACAGUGGGGCAGGCCAAUGAUGAUGCUCUCACCCAUCAGCUGUUUGAUUAUCUACUGGGAGAAACAGAUGGUGUGCCCAAGGCCAGCAAGUACCUGUUCCGCCUGUAUAUGGCACUGAAACAGUUCAGGGAGGCUGCCAGAACAGCCAUUAUCAUAGCCAGGGAGGAGCAGAAUGCUGGAAAUUACCGAGAUGCCCAUGAUGUUCUGUUCAGCAUGUACCAGGAACUGAAGCAGCAGAAAAUCAAGAUCCCAUCAGAGAUGGCUCAUAACUUAAUGAUUCUUCACAGCUAUAUACUGGCAAAGGUUCAUGUUAAGAGAGGGGACCAUCUCAAAGGGGCCAGGAUGUUGAUACGUGUGGCCAAUAACAUCAGCAAAUUUCCCUCUCAUAUUGUCCAGAUUCUCACGUCCACUGUGAUAGAGUGCCACAAGGCAGGACUGAAGAAUUCCUGCUUCAGCUAUGCAGCCAUGCUGAUGAGACCAGAGUACAGAAACCAGAUAGAUGUGAAAUACAAGAAGAAAAUAGAACAGAUAGUGAGAAAACCUGAUAAAACAGAAGAAGACGAGCCCACGACCCCCUGUCCCCAGUGUGGGUAUGCCCAGGCAGAGACAGAGCUGGUCUGCCCCAACUGCAAGAAUAACAUUCCAUACUGUAUCAUUACUGGACGCCACAUGACGAAGGACAAUGUGACAGCAUGCCCCAGGUGUGAUUUCCCUGCUCUCAAGGAUGAGUUUCUUAGUGUACUGGAGACAGAAGAGAACUGCCCCAUGUGUUCAGAGAUGGUGAAGAGUGAGGAACUGAAAGAUGUCAUGGACCUGAACAAAUACAUGAAUCCUGACGAGGGAGAGGACUGAUGGCGCCAAAAGAGCACUUCUUUUUGAACACAAUAUCAGAGAUUUGAAAAAAAAGGUUGCAAAGUCAUGAGACAAAAGGAGUGGAUCAUAGAUUAUGGUAGAAGAGAGGAUACCAUAUGUCUCUUCUCUCCUAUU